CCCCCCGGAGGCGCUUCCGGUGGGACGCGGCGGAAGUGACGCGCAGCGCGGCCGCCGCGAUGGCGGCGGGGAAGGUGAAGCAGGACAUGGCCCCCCCGGGCGGGUACGGCCCCAUCGACUACAAACGGCACCUCCCGCGCCGCGGCCUCUCAGGUUACAGCCUCUUCGCGCUCGGCAUCGGCAGCCUCUUGCUGGGCUACUACACCCUCAUCAAAUGGAACCGGGAGCGCAGGCGGCUGCUCAUCGAGGACCUGGAAGCGCGGAUCGCGCUGAUGCCGCUGCUGCAGGCGGAGUCGGACCGCAGGACCCUCCGCCUGCUGCGGGAGAACCUGGAUGAAGAGGCCAAAAUCAUGAAAGACGUCCCAGGCUGGAAGGUGGGUGAGUCCCUGUUCCACACUGACCGCUGGGUCCCCCCGACCACGGACGAGCUUUACUACCUGCGGCCCACGGGUGAGAUGGACAACGAGAAAUUCGGGCUGCAGUACUAUGUCUGAGGGGCAGCGCGGGCUGCCGGCCCCCCCGGCAUGGCAACAACCCCCCCAGCCUGGAACCAGCCCCCCCGGGGUGCCCUGACCCCCCCUGUUAUUAAAACCACCUGGAUCUGUUGUGUCCCACA